AUGGAAUUUCGUCCGUCAACUUCCUCUGGGAAUUUCCGGGAAGAGAUUUUGAGCAGACUCGAAGCAAGGAAUGCCUGUGUGCGGCCGUGGGCUGCCAUCUUCAAAAACUAUAGUUUAAUGUCCGACGAGCUGACACGAGUGCGAAAGAGAUUCGAUAACCGUGGCUCUCAGGACAUAGCAGACGUUCCAUCGCACUCAUCAUCACUUGAACUGAAACAUUUGCGUGAAGAGCUUGCUGAAGUCUACAAGCAAAAAAGUCGAAACGAUCAAUCGCUGAUUGAGGCCAACCGAAGACUCGACCAACACGAUGCUGCUCUCAAUGCUGUCACGAAAGAGUGCCUUUUCGAGAUUCGGCCAUCCAUUAUUGCCGGAUUUCCUGACAAUCCUGGGCCACGUCUUUGCUUCGCCGAAGUUCCUGACGUUCAUCAUCUUGGCAUCCUGAUCGGCUCCAAUUCGAAUCCCUGCGCGUGGAGCUGGUUGGACAAGUGGGCAUAG